CUGGUUAGUGGUUACCUACCGACAGUCUUGUUCUUAGAAGAUCGCGUCGCGCGCGUCUACUCGUCUCGAACACCGAUAUUUUAUUUUACCUCGUUUCGUUUGCCGAAAAACGGUUUUUCGAUUUUAAUUUCGUUGGUAUAAGCGUUUGUUUAGUUAGUGUUUUUUUUUUUUUUUAAUUUGAUACGCACAUCACACCUGUUCCAAUAGUAUCAAACGCGCGUCUUUUGGAUAUCUGCAGACUUCGGCAAAAAAAUAAGGUUUCGCGGGAGCCAUGUUGGAAACCGUAGCAGAGAAGAAAAUCCCGCCGCCGCUGCCGCCCAAAACCCGUCGCGGCUGCCUGAAAAACGGCGGCGUCGAAGGCAACUGUGGCGGCGGCGCGACGAUUCUGCAGUCCAACGGUCACGUGGUGAAAAUCCGAAUAGACCCAAUGAUGGUGGACGGGGGCGGCGGUGGUAACGGUGCCGGUGACCGCGCCGAGCGGGACGACGGGCCGCGCCGUGAGCACGCGGUGGGCCGCCGGUCCAGCACGGUCAAGAUAAACAUCACUUGCGUGGACCCGUUCAUGUUCCGCCGGCACUACACCGACGUGGACGACGAUGAUGACGAAGAUGACGACGAGGACAGGCGCUCGUCGUCGGGACACCGGUCGCCGCUCGACAGCGGCACGGGAAGUGACCUGGACACGGGCAGUCGACGGGACGAAAGCGACGACGGGACGUGCAGUUGCGAUUCGCUGACGAGCAGCACAGCUGAUCCCGAGACGGCUGUAAUGGCCGUCGAAUCGGCGCCGAAACAGGCGGUCGCUGCAGCCUGCGCCGAUGCCGUCGAUGAGCCGGUCGCGUCCGAUCCGGUGGCCGUCAAGCCGCAGGCACCGGUGGUUCAGGCCUGUACCGCGGCCGGGAUCAUGGCCACGGCCACCGUCGCGACAGUCGUCGAAGAGCUGCCGAAACGUCCGUCCUCGCAGUCCGUCCUCGUCCAACAGCGGUGUUACAACGACAAGUCCGUGGCCGCUGUGGCCGCAACCGAUCGCAUCAUCGACAUGGACAACACGGACCAGUAUUACAGCUUUCACAUGAACGAGAACGUGUUCGACGAAGUGGACGCGGCCGCCGUGGCCGCUGCCGCAGCGCCGUCAGACGAUACGUUCGCGGGGUGCAAGACGGUGGCCACCUCGGACACGAUACGCAGCGCCAAGGGUACAAUCAGGGGCGUCAAGAACCGUGUCAGGGCCGGAAUAGCGACGUUCUUGCAGCCCAAGACCAACAAGACGUGGCAAGAAAAAGAAGCCGGAAAAGUGGUGCUGUACACGACCACCAUGGGCAUAGUUAGGGACACUUACCAGCGGUGCCUCCAGGUCAGGCAAAUACUGAGGACUCAUCUUGUCAAGUACGUGGAAAGAGACGUCUUCAUGAGCCGAGAAGUGCAGAAGGAAAUUCGAGAACGUCUCGGCGGCGACACCAUUUCAGUGCCGCAGCUGUUCGUUGAAGGGAAUCUCAUCGGAGAUGCAGAAGCCGUAGAAAGACUGAACGAAUCUGGGGAACUCCGAUCGAUUUUAAAACCAUUUAAGAGUCCGGACGCGUGUACGACGUGCCAAGUUUGCGGGGGCUACAGGCUGCUGCCAUGUCCGAUGUGCAACGGUAGCAAGAAAUCAGUGCACAGGAAUCACUUCACCACCGAAAUGAUCGCCCUCAAGUGUAUGAACUGCGAUGAAGUGGGAUUAGUGCAAUGUUACGCCUGUUGAUCGACGACAACGCAUGAUUAUAUUAUGUAUUAUUAUUAUUUUGUUAAAUUGAUUACGCAAUAUGUAUCGUUAUUAUAUUAUAUUAUUACCGAUUAUGAUUUAUAUCGUAGGCUUACGUCAUAUUAUUUUAGUGUACAUAUAAUAAUAUUUUAAUCAUCGUUGCAGUAGUAUCAAUCUACUAUAAUAUAAUAUGUUAUAUGUAUGUACAAAUGUACAAUACGCAUAUAUAUGUAGGUAUAUACCUGUAUAUAAUAUAGUAUAUAUUAUGCUAUUAAUUGCUAAACUGCUAUCUGUUUGUCUGUUAGUUGCCACCACCGUUAGUAUUAUUUUUAUGGUUUUUGUUUUUUUUCUUAACUAGAUUUUCAGAUAGCCACCACAAAUAACGCACACUUAAAAUUAUUUUUUUUAUUCGAUUAUGAUCCAAGUAUCCAACACAUACAUAUUAUUAUAGAUAGCGUGUACCAACGAAACAUUACAGAAACAUUAUAAUAUAAUUUUAUUUAAGCACAACAUCAUAAUAAUAUAUAAUAUUCAUUUUUGGGGAUCCAUCUAAUUGCAGCUUACCUACCAACAGACUAAGCUAUUAUGCGUCUGUGGCGUAAAUGCAUGAUACCCAUCUGUACGCAUCUAAUUAAGCUGAUGAUUCUUAAGACUUAAAUGUAUAGUUUACAAUAAUAAAUGUUAGGUACUUCUUUAAAAUCAAGUCGUGCAAGUGGUUUCUAUACAAUAUUAUAUUUAUUUAUAAGUAUACAGUAUUAUACCAAAUCGGCAUUUGUUUUAAGACUUUAUUUUAUGUACCUACCAAGUAGGUAAAUAUUGGACAGCAGUAAAAUAAUAGGUAUUAUGUACGUGUUAUGCGGGGAUAUAUACGCUAGAAAAAAAUUGGAUACUAUAUAGUUGUUAAAAAGUAUGCACAACAUAUAAUUACAUUUAUUAUUUA